AUGGGUGGCUCUUGUGAGGCAGGAUUCAAAAUCUGUUCGUGUGCUUGGUUUGACAUCGCAAAUAUUGCUAACCUGCACCACAGCCCAAAACUUGGCAUCUAUGUUGUUGACGAAGGAGGUGUCAAGAACCCCAUCCACACCAAUGACGACCUGCCAAAGCUGCCCCUCCCCUUGCGACCGGGAUGUGGGCUCGGGCCCCUUCCUGCCCCCUGCCCGCCACCGCCUGCUUGCCCACCACUGCCCACCUACCAUUGCCCCCUCGCCCAGUCAGAGGAUGGCGACGGGGGGACAGAACAACAACGGCAGGGACAGGAUGACAAUGAUGACAGUGGGGGCAUGACAACGACAACAACAGCGGCAGGGUAUGACGACGACAACGGGGGCAGGACGACGGUGGCGGCGGUGGCAUCCUUCACCCCCACCCUCACCCCUCGUUCACUCCCCCCAUCCUCUGCCUCACCCUCUCAUCCUCUGCCUCACCCUCUCGUCCUCUGCCCUGCCUUCUCACCCACCUUGCCCUCUCAGCCCUCUCGCCCUAUCGCCCCUCUCAUCCUCUCGCCCUAUCGCCCACCUCGCCCUAUUGCCCACCUCGCCCUAUCAUCCCUCUUGUCCUCUCACCCUAUCGCCCACCUCGCCCUCUCAGCCCUCUCGCCCUAUCGCCCCUCUCGUCCUCUCGCCCUAUCACCCACCUUGCCCUAUCGCCCACCUUGCCCUCUCGCCCACCUUGCCCUAUCACCCACCUCCUGCCUCGGCCUCUCCCCACCUCACCUCUUCCCUGCCGUCUCGCCGGCCUUGCCCUCUCACCCGCCUCGCCGUGUCGCCUGCCUCGCCCUCUGCCCCGCCUUCUCCCCCCUCGUCUGCCCCUCGUCUGCCCCUCUCCCCCCUCGCCCGUUCGCCCUCGCCUCCAUCUCCUUGCCCUUCACCUCUCGCUCUCCACCACUCGCCCCCUCGCCCCCUUGA